UACAUAAAUUCUGCGGCUGCUGCGGCUUAUCGUGAUUUUUUUAAUAGGUUUUUUUUUUAAAGGAUAGACAAUAAGCGUAUGGAAAACGGUGUGGAAAAUGGUUUACUGCCCGACGGCGAGCCACUAGGAGCACGUGAAAACCAAAUGGGCAGCAGCACAGACGGCGAGGGUGAAGGCGAGGGUGAUUCGACGCCUCAGCCGCCACAAACAACAAAUGACGAUGUAAGCGACGGCGAUGUGGAUGGGGAGCGCGAUUUGUCUGUGUCGGAUGCGGCUGAGGCAGAGGCCGAAGCGGAAACAACGGAAGCAGAAACAGCUCCAGCCGAAAAUAUUGCACCGUGCCGGAUAUCCAUCUUGGAGGACAGUCUGUGCGAAAAGGAUGUGGAUAGCGAUGUGCCCGAUGACGAAAAUGAUGAUGAGGCGAAAGAAAACUAUGAGGGAUUCAAUGGGACUGGCCGCACAGUCACAUUGCAAACGCUGAUGGCCGCAAAUGUGUUGCAACCAGGAAAAUCAUUGAUGACUAUUGAUUAUCUAGGGCAAAAAUUUGUGGGUGAUUUGCUGUCAGACGGUAAAAUUAAAUCACAAGAGACUGAAACCAUAUUCUUAACGCCCAGUGCCUGGGCCAUGCACUGCAAACGCAUUAUCAAUCCCGAAAAGAAAAGUGGAUGCGGUUGGGCAUCCGUGAAGUACAAGGGCAAGAAACUAGAUGCAUAUAAAAAUACUUACUUGAGAAAGUGUGCUUUGCAAAAGGAGUCUACGCCCGAAGACGGUGAUCCAGAUACAGAACGCAAGACCGAUUCACCAGAUCUUGUUGUCAAACGAACAGUAUUUCCACAUAACACGGUUGCCAAUCGCAAUUUAAUUCAUGAUGCCAAUAUGAUGAUUGAGGCCAUUCCAUUUACUUCGGUUGGCAAAUUGCAACCGUUUUUGUUGACUAUCACUUCCUCCGCUCUGCUUCUGGCUGACUUUCACUGUCAUUUAACGGUUCGCGAGGUGUGCGGUUACCUGGGCGGCACCUGGGAUAUGAACACACACACAUUGACAAUUACGAAAACAUAUCCAUGUCGAAGCACGCGCUUCGAUCGGCAACGGGCCGCGGAAGUAGAGCGUGAUAUACAGAAAAUGAUGAUACAAGAUCAAGUGCUGCUCGUCGGCUGGUAUCACUCACAUCCCAAAUUUCAAGCUGAACCCACUCUACGUGAUUGCGAUGCACAGCUCGACUAUCAAAUACGAAUGCGAGGCGUUAGCGAUCUAACGUAUACGCCAUGUGUUUCAUUAAUCAUUUCUCCCUACUAUGAAGAGAAUCCCACUUUGGAAUCGGUGGUCAAGUGUAUUUGGAUAGUGCCACCAAAUGAGAACAAACAAUCAACGGAAUAUGGAAGGCCGAUGCUAAUGCAAUACUCUGUGCUGCCAGAUAAAGAGAUACCAGAGGAGGUUCGCACGGAAAUACAGUCCUGCGUUGAUUACUAUACUCAGUUUCGCGGCGAAAUUGUUAAAUUUCGCAAUGUCUACAACAAUGACGUGACCUACAACGAGAAGUUAAAGAACACGCUAUAUCCGAAAUUUCCAUCGAAGCAAAGUGAUAAGGCGCUAUGGAAUUGGCUAUGUGCCGUCCUGGAUUGUGAGCAGGAGGAUGAUUUUAUCCCACCGAAAACCAUUAAAAUUAUUGACAAUGAAAAAGACAAUGAAGUUAUAGUAAAAACGGAGACUCAGCCCACAACUGAAUUGGCGAAUGAAAUCAAAUUGGAACAACAGCCGAAAGAGGAGCAGACGGGCGAGAGUCUUCAAUUAGUUGCUGUAGAUAUGGCACGCAAAACGGAGGAGGAAACAUCGCUGCAGGCUGAACAGAAAGCCAGUGAAUUGAAAGUAAUGUCUCUGCAAGAGCAGCUUUGCAUGCCCUCGGGUCUCAACAUGAAUCCAGUGCGUAUGUUGUCCCCUUUGGCCACUCCAAACCCAACAAAUACGACGCCAACAGCUGCGCCAACAGCUCCCGUGGUGCCAACCAUGCCACUGAAUGCAGCAGUCGUGAGUCAACUAUUACCGCCACAGACGCCAUCAACGAACAUGAACAGUGGACCUGUUGCUGCUGCAGUGCAAUCCGCUUCGCCGCGAGACAGCCCAACAAGCAUACAGCUACAGUCGAAUGCUGCCAGCCCCGCCAAGUUCGAGCUGCCGGUGCGUGCUUCGCCCUCGCCAGCAAAAUCCGAUGCCUCGUCGCAUACAUCACGCACUCGCAAUUCGCCUGCGCCAAGUCCGGGGAAGUUCAGUGUCAGUGAUAUAGCAAGGAAUAGCCCGAGCAUAACACCCAACAAAUACGAUCUGACUACGCCGCUGGUGCCACCGUCGGCUGCCUGUUUGCCUACGGCCAAUGAUCUAAUGGCAGCCAGCUUGGCACAGCUGGCCGGUCAGUUGCCGCCCAAUUUUCUACAAGCCGACUUGGCCUCGCUGUUUCAACAGCAACGCAAGGAUUAUGGCAGCUCCUCACUGAAUCAAUUGGCUGCUGCGGCAGCCAAAGUGGGUGGCUCCAAGCAGAACAGUAAUGUGACGGCAGGGCUGGGCAACCUAAACGAUCCCAAUGUGGCGGCAGCAGUGGCUGCCUAUUCGAACAGCUUCAACAUGCCCAUGCCAUCUGGCAGCAAUAACAGUGGAAACAGCAGCAGCAAUAAUAAUAGUAGUAGUAAUAAUGGUGGAAGCAAAUCGAAGAUGGAUCGCUCCAAGUCAUCAGCGUCCUCAUCUUCAUCCAAUUCGAGUUCGUCCUCGAAUUCGUACAAGACCAAGCUCAUGAAAGAGCUGGACGAGCUCAAGAAUGAUCCCUUAAAGAUGAGUGAACUCAUACGGUCGCCUGAAUAUGCGGCGCUGCUCCUGCAGCAGGCCGAGGCAUUGGGCGCCACUACGCUGGGCACUUUGGGCUUCGGAUCCGACUUGAACUAUCUAACAGGCAAUCAACAAGUUGCAAAUCCAAGCAGCAGCAAGUCCUCAAAAUCAACGUCAGCAACAUCAUCGUCAGCUUCAGCAGCAGCAGCUGCAGCUGCGCUCAAUGCCGACUACAAUAAUCUAAUACAAGCGUCCAAGCUGCUGGGCUAUGAUUCCUAUAUGCAACAGCAAAACAAGCAAAGCAAUGACCUUAACGUGUUCCUACAGCAACAAAUGGCUGCAGUUGCGGCUGCAUCGAUACCGCCACCUCCUGUUGCCAGCAGUAGCAGCAGUUCGAAGAAACAGCAGCAGCAGCAACAGCAGCAACAACAGCAGCAGCAGCAGCUCCAACAGCAAUCAGCUGCUCAGGCGGACUACACAGCGUUGUUGCAGACCUAUACAAAGCUAUUUGAUCCGAACAAUCAGUUUGCUGCUGCUAUGGCAUCAACGGGCAGCAAGCACAUGAGUGGAGCGCACAAUGAGUUGUCCGCAUUACUUGCUGCUGGCGCUGGGGGCUUGGCGCCAUCUGGGGGCGGCAGCGCUGUGAGCUUAAAGCAAAAGCAGAAGGACAUGCAGUCGGACAUGCUCAACCAGCUGUUGCAAUUGGAAAAACAAGACUCGGAGAUUAAGGCGUUAUUGUAUCGUCAGAAUAAGGCAGCUGCUGACCUGGAUGCGCUUUUUGCAACGCCCUCAGGCGCUGCGGCUGCUGUGGCAGCUGCUGCAGGCAACGCAACAAAGGCAGGCAGCAGCGCCAGCAGCGCAGCGUCAGCAGCAAUGGCAACAGGUGUUCCAUCUUCAUCAACACUGACCAACUCGGCCGCCUACUACAAUGCUUUGGCGCAAGAGAAGAUGCAAGAUUAUGCGGCGUUCUUUCAACAGCAGCAUGGAAAAUAUGGCAUACCGGAUCCGCUAUCAAAGUCGACGCUAGCAGCGAACAAUAUGUUCAUGUCACCGUCGGCUCUGUUUAAGAUUCAGCAGGAAUCGCUGUCAGCAAUGAUGAUGAAGCCGCCAAAAUCAACGACGCCUUCAUCGGCGCGUACAAGAGAGUCGUCCGCCUCGCCGGCACUGGAACGUCUCACGCCCACCAAGUCAAUCAGCGGCGGCGGCGGCGGUGGUGCAGGUGGUGGCAAUUCAAAUUCCGGCAGCAAGUACAAUUUUAGUGCUGUGGAUUUGGCUAUAUCGAGCGUGCCCUCAAAUACGCCAUCACCAGCGCCGUCUGAUGGCAGCAGCGGCUCAUCACACCGACGACCGUCGCCCGACUUGAGUCGGCUCUACGGCGAACUGGCACCGCCCGGCGCACUGCUGGGAAAUGCAAUGCCCAAAAAGCGCAUGGAGUUUGCCUCGGUGGCCGACCUGGCUGCCCCGCCGCCAGCGAAGAUACCGAAGAAUAAUGUGGGCGAUGAUGUCCUAAACUUAUCACACGAUUAGGAAAGGCGACUAGGGCACUGCCUGUGGACCUAUACCCUAUCACCCUAUCGAGCGCAUGUCCCAGUUAAUGCAGUAUUUCCUUAUCAGUAUCUACCCUUAAUGCAGCAGAGCAUUCAAUUAUAAAUAUAUAUAAUUAUAUAUAUAAAUACAUAUAGUAUGUCACGCGAAUCUCCUAAGCUCCCACUGAAAGUCAUAAGAUAUUAAACAUCAGAGCUGAGCCACAAUCAUAUUCUAAUUGAGAUUGUUGACAGGAUCAAUUGCUACGGGAGAUUGAAUGUACAAUGGAAUAGAAUUAGAGCAGGGUAUAUGAAGAGUACAGUAUUUCGAGAGUUGAAUCGGGGAAGGAACUGCAACUGCUUCUGCAUCUGCGUUAUUUUUAUGGCAACUAAAUAUAAAUAUAUGUAUAUCAUUUGAUAUUAAAACAAGAACACUUAAUGACAUUCACAUACUGCAAUGCUGAUGCUGAUCAUCGUAACAAAUUUUUAUAUACAAAACUUGUUUUUAAGCGAACCCAACAGAAAUGUAGAUAAAUGUGCGCAUGCAGUGAGUCCAUACUUUGUUGAUUGUUUGGCUGCAAUGGGAGUAUGGAAUAUGUAAAAGUCUCUUGAGCGCUUGAUGUCUUAAAACAUAUUAUUUAUAAACUAUUUUAGGUUUAAUUACUGCACAAAGGUACUUUAAGUAUUUUAAAAUAGUACAUACAUACAUACAUAUAUACGCAAACACAAACAGACAGACAAACGAAACAAACAAACAUACAUUAUUAACUGUAAUACUGCAUAAUUUGAAAUUGACUUU